AUGAGCUCCAAGGACUCCUCCUCGGGCUUGUCCGCCCAGCACAAAACCUCCUGGUCCAGCUUUCUCAAGUCUAUUGCUUCCUUCAAUGGCGAUCUUUCCUCCUUGACAGCUCCUCCCUUUAUCCUCUCGGGAACCUCGUUGACCGAAUAUUCCGCCUAUUGGGCUGAGCAUCCCGCCCUCUUCGUCGCCCCGGCACAAGAACCCGAUCCGGAGAAGCGCGCGCUUGCUGUCCUGAAAUGGUUCCUCAGCACUCUCCGCCAGCAGUAUUGCAGUCGCAGUGAGAAGUUAGGCAGUGAGAAGAAGCCUCUGAACCCCUUUCUCGGAGAGCUGUUUAUUGGAAAAUGGGAUAGUGAUGCAGAAGUUGGCGAAACCAGCCUGAUUAGCGAACAAGUUAGCCAUCAUCCCCCAGCGACAGCCUACAUAAUCCGCAACGAAAAACAUGGCGUCCAACUCGAAGGAUACAACGCCCAAAAGGCUUCGUUUUCCAGCACAAUCUUUAUCAAGCAGAUUGGACACGCCUUGUUGACCCUCACUCCUCCCUCCGCCGAUAAGGCUGACCCGGCCCAGAAAGAACGAUACCUCAUCACUCUCCCUCACCUGCACGUGGAAUCACUGAUUUACGGCACCCCGUUUAUGGAGUUGGAAAAAUCCACCUACAUUGCAAGCAAUACUGGAUAUAUCUCUAAGAUCACCUACUCCGGAAAGGGUUGGCUGAGCGGCAAGAAGAACACCUUCACCGCGAGUUUGUACAAGGAAAGCGAGGGUGAAAAGAAGCCCCUCUACACCGUCGAGGGGCAGUGGUCCGAUACCUUCGUCAUCAAAAACGCCCGGACCAAGCAUGAUGUUGAGACUGUCGCCGUCCGCAACCUGGCCACUACCCCACUCAGCCUCGCCCCCACCGAGGAACAAGACCUGUAUGAGAGUCGCCGUGCAUGGCGCGACGUGGCAACAAACAUUGAAAAGGGGAACAUGGAUGCCGUCUCCGUCGCAAAGUCCAAGAUCGAGAACGCCCAACGCGAACUUCGCAAGGUUGAAAAGUCCGAGGGCCGUGAAUGGGAGCGUCGCUUUUUCGAUCGCAUCGACGAAACAGACGACAAGGAGUUCCUGGACCUCGCCCGAAAGGUCGGUUACACUGCUCUUGAAAGUGAUAAAACCGGAGGGGUCUGGCGAUUCAACGCACAGAGGGCCGUCGAUGCCAAAUCGCCGUACCACAAAACUGGCGGUGAAGGUCUCGGUGUGACUCCUCAAUAG